AUGGGCAACAACGCCAGCUCUUUGUCCGAAUUGAACCUCUUCUCGAAGGGCGGAGUCUUCACCCGAGAGCAGUUGGACGAAUAUCAGGUUGGUGUCCGCUCCGAGAGAAAGAGACGCUUGCAAAGUGUUCCAUCUCAAAUCUUUUCAAAUUUUCGAAAUAUUUCAAAAAUGUUUGCGAGAUAAAAAUCUCGUUGAAAGCUCGGCUCGCUCCCCAAAAGUGUUGAGGCGUCGGGGGUCGAAACGCGAAAAAGGAAUGGCAGAAAAGGGGGUCAUAAAUCAAGAAGAGUUUGACAACGGCGCCACAUUUCCACACGAUUCUGCAGGACUGCACAUUCUUCACGCGAAAGGACAUCAUCCGACUGUACAAACGGUUUUACGCGCUCAAUCCUCACAAGGUGCCCACGAAUAUGCAGGGCAACCGGCCCGCCAUCACCACUCUGACGUUCGAGGAAGUCGAGAAGAUGCCCGAGUUGAAAGUGAGUGGGAUUCUAAAGCUUUUCUAAGCUUGAAAGGCUCAAAGGGAUUACAGUAAUCUCGGACUCUUCCUCUUCAGAUUGAAAGAUCCGGGGCUGACGGAGUCUCAGGGCUGACGUAGGGCCAGAUUAUCUGGUCUAAUGCAUACGAUUAGGAUAGGCAGACAUCAUUAUGAACUCACUCAAAUUUCAGCUUUUUACGAAGAAAUUUUAGAAAUUUAUGGAAAUUCUCACACGGAAUCCGCAUACCGCAAAAUCUUUAUGCGGAAUAAAACAUUUUGUCAAAUAAUGACAUAUUUUGUCAUGUUUUCCUGAUUAUCAGGUGAAUUUCUAUUAGAAAAACCUGCCGAAUUGAUUUUUAAAAUUACAAAUUGAUUCCGCAUUCCGCAUUCCGCAAGCGAACGUUCCCACUUGCGCGGACGGCAAUGAUUUCAAGUAUUCUGCUAUUCCGACUCCAGAUUUCCAAACAUCGGGAACACAUUCAUUUCGCAGUGCAUCAAAAGUCACGGCUCGUUAUCUUCUUCCGCCCCGUUUUCGUAUUUCGGAGUCCCCGGGGAAGAGAGUGCGCUCCGUUGCACUUCAUCAUUUGCGCCUACUUCAUCCAUUCUCAUCAGAGCUUUGAAAUCAGAUACGCUCCCCCUCGCAAUGAUUCAUUUGCAGGAGAAUCCGUUCAAACGGCGAAUCUGUGAAGUUUUCUCGGAAGACGGUCGCGGAAAUCUCUCGUUCGACGACUUUCUCGACAUGUUUUCCGUGUUCUCCGAGAUGGCUCCGCUCCAGUUAAAACUGAAAUACGCUUUCAGAAUCUACGGUAAAUUCCGCCCUUUCGGCUUCCAAUUCCCCGUUCAACUUCAGAUUACGACGGCGACGAACUGCUCGGACACGACGAUCUCAGCAAAAUGAUCCGAAGUCUGACGAGGGACGAACUGAGCGACGUCGAAGUGGAAUUCAUAAUCGAAAGGAUCAUAGAGGAGGCGGAUCUCGACGGAGACUCCAAUAUCAACUUUGCCGAGUUCGAGCACGUCGUCUCCCGAUCACCCGACUUCAUUCGCACUUUCCAUAUCAGAAUAUGA